AAUUAUAAAUGACAAGAAUAACAGUGGAGGAGCCAGCUAGACUAAUAUGGAGAAUAUGAUUGUGCAAAGAAGAUGUGUGCUUUCUAUAGCUUGCUGAACUAUCUAGCUUUGGAGUGAACUAAUUAUAGCUAGCUGCUACAGUAUGGAGUGUUUCCAGGAGGCUCUGCAACAAGGUGAAGUCAGUCUAGUGCAGCUAGACACAGCUCUGGCUGAGCAGACAACUCGCACAUGCCCAGAAAAGCAACACUCACUGCAGCUAGACAACUUGGAGCUCUGGAAAGAGUUCCAUCAGCAUACCAAUGAAAUGAUUAUCACCAAGGCAGGCAGGAGGAUGUUUCCGCUCAUCCAGUUGAGUCUUGAAGAUUUAGACCCUCUGGCAACGUACCAUCUCCUCCUUGCACUCCGAGUCAAGGACAGCUGUCGCUGGCGGUUCCUCAAUGGAGAGUGGACAGGUAGUGAGCCGGUGAUUAGAGGGGUGACUUGUGAGGCCGGGCCAACAGACGGCUGUAUCUACACGCUCCCCCCGGCCUCUGGGGAAGGAUGGAUGAAGCAAAGUCCAGUCGGGUUCUCAAAGCUGAAACUAUCAAACAAGGACAAUGACGGAGGCAAGGUGAAAUUGUCGUCUUUGCAUCGCUACCAGCCUGUAGCAUACCUGGUGAAGGUGUGUCCACAGCAAGGGCACACUCAGACAGAAGCCAGCUGCACUGACGCAACACCUUCACUGGAGAUAUAUGAGCACGAGUUACCCGAGACACAGUUUAUAGCAGUUACAGCCUACCAGAACGACUUGAUUACUCAGAUGAAGAUCAAGCAUAAUCCUUUUGCUAAAGCUUUCCUGCCCAACCCAGACAAGCCAUCGUCGUCUGCAGGACCCUCCAGCUCCACUGAAGCAAGCCCAGUAAAGGCCCAAGGUGCCCCCCUCCCAGUAGAGGCCGAGGCUGUACCACCACCACCAUCGUCCUGGUACAUGCAUCAGGCCCCUCACUUCCCACCGUAUUACUAUAGUGACGGUCACUACCCUCCCCCCUACCCGGACUAUUAUGACACAUUCUCCCCAGUACCAGCUCCGCCCUACCAGAGUUAAUACAUGUACAUUCAGUCAAGUCAUUAUUUAUGUCACAGGUGCAUUGUCUGUUCAUCCCCCAG